AUGGCCGAAAACGUGUUGAUUCGAUUUCUUCGUGUUUUCCUUGGUCCGCACGAAAACUCAUUUUUGUUUGGAUUUUUUUCUUUUUUUACUUUUCGUUUUGCUAUCACUUUAUUUUAUUUUUAUUUAACUUGCUCUCUCACUGUAUCUGACUUUCUAUCACUCUCCUUCCCUUUCUCUCUUUCUCUAUCUGUCUUUAUUUCUCUUUCACUUUCUCUUUCUCUAUCUUUCUCUCUUAUUCUCUCUCUCUCUCUCUCUCUGUAUUUCUCUCUCUCAUUCUUUCUCAUUCUCUCUCUUUCUCUAUCUGUCAUUCUCUAUACAUAUCUGACUUUCUCUCUGUCUUUCUCUUUAUCUCCUUAUCUGUCUUUCACUCUCCCUUUCUAUUUCUCUCUCUCUCUCUGUAUCAGUCUUUUCUCUCUCUCUCUCUCUCUCUCUCUCUCUCUGUCUUGCUUUUUACGUCUCUGUCUUUCUCUUUCUCUCUCUCUGUCUAACUUUCUCUAUCUUUCUCUUUCAUUCUCUAUUUGUCUUUUUCUGUCUUUCUCUUUCUCUCUCUGUAUUUCUCUUUCUCUGUCUGUCCUUCUACCUCUUUUUCUCUUUUCUCUCUAUUUCUAUCUAUCUAUCUAUCUAUCUAUCCUUCUCCCUCUCUUUUUCGCUCUCUCUCUCUCUUUCUCUUUCUUUCUCUGUUUCUCUUUCUCUAUCUGUCCUUCUCCCUCUCGUUCUAUUUCUCUAUUUCUCUCUCUCUCUCUCUCUCUCUCUCUCUCUCUCUCUCUCUCUCUACGUCACUCACGAUAUAUUUCCUUUUCAUCAUCCAUCUCACUUCCUUUUAACUUUGCCUCUCACUGUUUCCCCUCUCUCUUUCAAUUACUAAUCUCCAUAUGUUUCCUUCCUCUCUAUUUACAUAUCUCUCUCUCUCUCUCUCUCUCUCUUUGCAUUUCUGAUUUCUCUUUCAUUUUCAUUAAUUCUCGCGUCUCCUCUUUCUUUUACAUUCCAUCACUCUGUCUCUUUUUACAUUCUCCCAUUCACUGUUCCGCUCUCAUACAUUUCCUCACUGUCAGCCUCUCUUUAUUACUCUCUCACACUUUCGUGCAUUUUCUUACUGCCUCUAUCACUCUUUUACCAUCUCUCACUCUCUUUUUCUCUUUCUCUGACAUUCUCUCAAUGUCCCUUUCUGUCUCUCUUUUGCAUUCUCCAACUCUCCCUUUCUGUCUCCUCUCUCUCUCUCUCUCUCUCUCUCUCUCUCUCUCUCUCUCUCUAUGUAUCUAUAUGUCUAUCACUCAUUGUCUCCUUUUUUCAUGUUAUCUCGCAUCCUCCCUGACUCUAUCGCAGUCUUGCAUUCACACUCUUUCUUUUACAUUCUCAUACUCUCUCUUUUACACAUUUUGUCCCAUACACUGCAAUCAAUCUAUCUAUCUAUCUAUCUAUCUAUCUAUCUAUCUAUCUAUCUAUCUAUCCCAGUCUGUUUCUAUCUAUCUAUCUAUCUAUCUAUCUAUCUAUCUAUCUAUCUAUCUAUCCCAGUCUGGUUUUAUCUAUCUAUCUAUCUAUCUAUCUAUCUAUCUAUCUAUCUAUACCAGUCUGGUUUUAUCUAUCUAUCUAUCUAUCUAUCAUCUAUCUCUAUCUAUCCAGUCUGGUUUUAUCUAUCUUCUAUCUAUCUUCCUUUCUUGA